GCUCGAAGGACAGGGGAGAAAUGGCUGAUACCAUAGCUGACACAAGACGGCUCUUCUCUAAGCCUCAGAACUUAAAUGAUGCUUAUGGACCCCCAAGUAACUUUCUAGAGAUUGAUGUGAGCAACCCUGAUACCACCGGGGUCGGCAGGACCAGAUACACCACGUAUGAAGUCAGACUGAAGACCAACCUACCAAUCUUCAAGCUGAAGGAGUCCAGUGUACGGAGGCGGUACAGCGACUUUGAGUGGCUCAGAGCAGAGCUGGAGAGGGAAAGCAAGGUGGUCGUCCCACCUCUCCCAGGAAAAGCUCUUUUCCGGCAGCUUCCGUUUCGAGGGGAUGAUGGGAUAUUUGACGACUCUUUCAUAGAAGACCGGCGACAGGCUCUGGAGCAGUUUCUCAAUAAAGUGGCAGGUCACCCUCUAGCUCAGAACGAACGAUGCCUGCACAUGUUUCUACAGGACGAGUCCGUGGACAAGAACUACACCCCAUCCAAAAUCAGACAAGCCUGAAAGAAACAAAGAUGGCUCUGCUUGGCAUGGUCUGACUCGGCCCUACUCAGUCCAGCGUGGCCCGACAACCCAAAGCUCUCUUCACUGCUCCAUGUUUCUCUCAAGACAAUAAACAUUUCAAUGACAGCUUCCCCUCCCAAAAUACUAUGUUUACUUCCUUUAGUUAAAUUAGUGACCUUAUUGGUGUUUGUUUUCACUUUCUAAUUGGAGUCAAGAAUGUUCGACACAUAACUGUGGUUGACAAUUUAUCGUGAUUUCUUUUUAUGUCUGGAAAUGCCACUAACAUGGAUAUAUUAUGUAUUUAUCAUUUAGCUAUGUCUUGAAUAUAUUCAUUUAUAUAAAAACAUUUAAUGAGCGUGUGUAUGCAAAGCUCUUGAGUCAAACCCACAGUUUCCUAUCAUUCAUAUAUCUAUAUAUAUAUCUAUAUAUAUAUCCAUAUAUAUAUCCAAUACUGGCAUGUUGCGCACCAUAAUUAGCAACUAAACACACACACGCACAUAUGUUUGAUGGGCCCUUACUCUCAAAUCACACUUAGUUGAUCCUCUCUCAAAAACGAAGCAUGUGUGUGUAUCGACCAGCACCUGCGCAGUUAUCACAAUGAUUUUCUAGUACGAAAGAAGUAAUUUACACAGAGGGAACUGCAGUAUUUCUACUGGUUAUAUGCAUUUUGAGAUUUGUAUACUGCUGUGCCAUUUUUGUUUAUUUUGAAGAUUUUCCAAUAAAAUAGGUGAAAUGUC